CUAUUGAGCUGAUUUUGGCUCCCCGUGACCCUGCAGAUGGGGCAAAUUCUCUGCAGGACCAUGGCUCCCUGGGCCCUCCUCCUGCUGCUCUCGGGGGUCUCGGUCCUGACCCCGACCCGGGCGGGCUCCCACUCCCUGCGCUAUUUACGCACCACCAUGUCCCUGCCGGACGCCCCCGAGCCCCACUACAUUGAAGUCGGCUACGUGGACGACACGCAGUUCGUGCGCUUCGACAGCGAAGCUCCGAACCCGAGGCUGGAGCCGCGGGCGCCUUGGAUGGAGCCGACGGAGCCCGAGUACUGGGAAAAGGAGAGCAAGCGCGCCAGCCGCCGGGCCCAAGGUCACAUAGAUGACCUGCGGGGGCUGACUGUCGUCUACAACCAGAGCCAGUCAGUGUCUCACACCCUUCAGGUGAUGCGUGGCUGCGACACGGGGCCGGAUGGACACCUCCUCCGGGGGUACCUGCGGUGGGGCUACGACGGCGCCAAUUUUCUCACCCUGAAUGAGGACCUGAGCUCCUGGACCGCCGCAGACGAGACAGCUGAGAUCACGAAACGCUUCUGGGAAAAGGUUCGACUGGCAGAGAUUGAGAAGGAGUACUUUGAGGGCACGUGUGUAAAGGAUCUCCGCCGUUACCUGGAGAAGAGGAAGGAGAUGUUGCAGAGCGCAGAUCCCCCAAAGGCACAUAUAACCCACCACCCCAUCUCUGAUGAAGACGCGGUCACACUGAGGUGUUGGGCCCGGGGCUUCUACCCUGCGGAGAUCACCCUGACCUGGCAGCGAGACGGGGAGCACCAGGCCACGGAGCUGGUAGAGACCAGGCCUGCGGGGGACGGAACCUUUCAGAAGUGGGCGGCUGUGGUGGUGCCCUCUGGAGAGGAGCAGAGAUACACGUGCCAAGUGCAGCACGAGGGGCUGCCUGAGCCCCUCACCCUGAGAUGGGAGUCCUCUGCUCAGUCUGCCAGCCCCGUCAUGGGAGUCAUUGUGGGCCUCGUUUUCCUUGUGCUUGUCAGAGCUGUGGUCACCGGUGGUGUGGUCGGGAGGAGGAAGCUCUCAGGUGGAAAAGAAGGGACUUAGGCUCAGGCUAUAGUGUGAGACAGCAGACACAGAAGUUGUCCAUCCUUCAAGAACCCCUGUCUUUCUGCAUCCGGCAUCUGAAUAUGUUUGCAUCCCUUCCGCAUCAUGUGAAGACACUGAGAGACUAGCCCAAGACCGCUCUGCACUCUGACCUGUGUCCUUUCCCUCGUCGGCAUUCCUGUUCCAGCAGAAUGGGGGGGCUGGGAAACGAAGAGGAAAAUCUGGAAAUCGAAGCAAGACAAAACAAGAAAGCCUGGAGAACCUUUUCAGGACCCUUUGUUGUGUUGCGUUAGCUGAGCACGAGCGGGCCUGUGCCUGCUGGGCCUCAGGCUUUGACAGUUACUCCUUAGCUGGGUCAUCGUCAAGGCUCUGUUCUCCUGGUCCCUCCAGAACCUUUGAUCUCUGGGCUCGCCAGACCAUGCAUAACCCGGGCCUUAUCCUGUCUUCAGGACCCGGGAUAGUGAAGCCUUCCGAGGCCAGUCAGCCCUGGCCACCAUUAUUGUGGCCAUUUUUGUGUAUUGGUUUUUAUAGAGAAGUUUAUCUGUUCUUAUUUUCAUUCCCCUCUGGGUGCCCUUGAUCUGACAGCAGCCAUUACUGUUUUCCUGUCCCUGCCCAACAAGGGGCCCCUCUCACAGAUUGCCACACAAGCCCAGCUCUUGCCCUCCUUUUAGGACCAUUCUGGAUAAUUCUUUAUUUCCCCUCAACAUUAUAGACAAAACCAAACAACAAACUCCCCCCCCACCUCUCUCUCUUAGUUUGCUCCCCUAUGGUCAGGACAGACUGGCCACUCUUCCCCAGCCUAUAUCUUCAGUCUUGUCCUCUAGUACAUUCUUCUAGGGAGGGGUCAAUAUAGCUCAGAUUGGGGCCGGCCCACCGUCCUCUCUGUUAAUGCGCUGCUCCAUGCCGGCAUGUUGCCCCCAAGGCUUGGAGCACCAGAAUAAGGUCUGGUCUCUCCCUUUCCUGGGGAGACAUAAUCAAUACCCUUCUCUGGGUAGAUUAGUGCCGUCUCCCCACACCAUCAUCUUUUUCCCCCCUUCCUUUUUAGUUGGUUGUCAUAUGCAUCCCUGGUUGGGUCUGACCCCUGCCAGAGUGCCUGGAUCUUGACCCAGAAAUUAUGCAUUAGGUAACUUGUGCUUUAUGCCCAUUGUGCCUUUUAAGCUUGUCUCAGUGGACUCAUGCUGUACUUGCCCUUUUGUGCUUGGCUAACUUCGCUUAGCAUAAUUUCCUCCAGUUCUUCC